GGAAAAGUAGAGUGGUUGGUAUGACAACAGUAAUCUGUGUAUUUUGACUCAAUGGAAUUUUCAAAGCAAAUUCCUAACAACGAGGAAAAUUUGAAUUCAUAUAUUGUAAAGCCACAAUUUGAUCAGAAAUUCCGCCCCUGGGCAGUAAGAAACAUCAUUUCUCAGUUACUAAAGGAACGGCUGGAGAGGGAAGUAUACUCUCCUGAGAACACUCAUGAAAAGUGCAUUUCCCUGGCUGAUGAAAUCAAACGCUUAUUAAGGAAAAAUCUAUCUUUGAGACGUUAUAGAUACUUGGUCCAAGUCAUCAUUGGCGAAAAGAAAGGUCAGGGAGUGAAAAUGGCACGCCGCUGCUAUUGGGACUCUGAUACUGAUAACUGUGCAGAUGCUUCAUUUGUAAAUGAUUCGUUGUUCUGUGUUGCCUCGGUUUUUGGUGUUUAUAGCUACUAAGUAUAUGAGUGUUGCACUUCAAAAAGUGUCUUAAAAUAUUUUACGAAUUUCCAAUUAGG